AUGAAGAGCUUUGUUGCCCAAUUGUUUCAGAAGAAUUUUUCGGCAAUGGAAAAGAGGCUACAGAAACAGAUGGGUGAAAGAUUUGAAAAAUUGCAGUCUGAGCUUAAAGGUUCCAUUAAGGAUGCAACCGUGGAUGCAACCGUUGAAGUUGAGGACGUAGAGCCCUCGACGACCAAGCCUUCUCCUACCAAGCCAUCUUCUACAAAGCCAUCUCUUAGUAAGCCAUCUCCUAGAAAACCCUCAACUAGCAAGACAACGUCUACCAAGCCAUCGCCUAGCAAGACAACUAGCAAUACAACAUCUAUGAAGCCAUCGUCGAGGAGACCACUAAGGACAACGAACCAUGUGAUUGGUGGACUCCGAUGA